GUUCCCAGGAGACAAACCUCCUAGGAAGACAGGCGACCUGUGAGGCCCUAGAGCGCCACCGUAAGAGAAGAAGAGCUGUAAGCCGGCCUUUGUCAGAGCCAUCAUGGAGUGCUGUGAGCUCCUCCUCCUCCUCCACUUCCUUGAGCCCAUUCAGUGAAGAGUCCAGCAGCCCAGUAGAUGAAGAUACAAGCACCUCAGACACCUUGCUAGAGAGCGAGUCCUUGACAGACAGUGAGUCCUUGAUAGAGAGCGAGCCCUUGUUCACUUAUACACUGGAUGAAAAGGUGGACGAGUUGGUGCGCUUUCUUCUCCUCAAAUAUCAAGCGAAGCAGCCUGUCACAAAGGCAGAGAUGGUGACGAAUGUCAUCAGCAGGUACAGGGGCUACUUUCCUAUGAUCUUCAGGAAAGCCCGUGAGUUCAUAGAGAUUCUUUUUGGCAUUUCCCUGAGAGAAGUGGACCCUGACGGCUCCUACAUCUUUGGAAACACAUUAGAGCUCAGCUGUGAGGGGGGUCUGAGUGACGAGCAGGGCAUGCCCCCGAACCGCCUCCUGAUUCUUAUUCUGAGUAUCAUCUUCAUGAAGGGCACCUGUGCCUCUGAGGAGGUCAUCUGGGAUGUGCUGAGUGGAAUAGGGGUGCGUGCUGGGAGGGAGCACUUUAUCUUUGGGGAGCCCAGGGAGCUCCUCACUAAAGUUUGGGUGCAGGAACGUUACCUAGAGUACCGGGAGGUGCCCAACACUGCUCCUCCACGUUACGAAUUCCUGUGGGGCCCAAGAGCUCAUUCCGAAAUCAGUAAGAGGAGUAGUCGAGUUUUUGGCCAUGCUCAACAAUACCGUCCCUAUUUCCUUUCCACCCUCGUACAAGGAUGCUUUGAAAGAUGUGGAAGAGAGAGCCCAGGCCAUAAUUGA